ACCUUGGGACCGGGCAUCCGCGGGAACAGUCUGUUUCUGUUCAAUUUAGAGUGGUUAUCGCACACCGUUCUUCCCGCUAGGUAGUACGUAUUUUUCUCAGCUCCAUUGGGACUAACAGAGGUGAAAGGAAGAGUUGGCGCAUAACACCUCGUCAGAAUCAUGGGUCAAACUGGGACAUCAUCUUUCCUCUUCUGCACUCUUCAACUCACAGUGUUGUUGGCAGUUUUUUCAUCUGAAAUUACAUUUGUUACAGCGGUGAAUUCAAACCCAAGCCUCGGAACAAACUCUUCCAUUGGCAACCAGACUAACAAGAAGUGUGAUUCACUGGGUACUGAAUGCAAAGUGGGUGUCAUUCUGCCCAUAUGGUUACCAGAGAACCCAUCCUUUGGAGAUAAACUGGCAAGAGCCACAGUUUACUUUGUGGCCUUGUUUUACAUGUUCCUGGGGGUCUCUAUCAUUGCGGAUCGCUUCAUGGCAUCCAUCGAGGUAAUUACAUCACAAGAGAGGGAGAUCACCAUCAAGAAACCAAAUGGUGAAAAAGUGACAACCACUGUGCAUGUAUGGAACGAGACAGUGUCCAACCUGACCCUUAUGGCCCUGGGUUCCUCCGCCCCGGAGAUCCUACUGUCCGUCGUUGAGGUGUGCGGUCACAACUUUGACGCAGGUGAUCUGGGCCCGAACACCAUCGUUGGUAGUGCUGCCUUCAACAUGUUCGUUAUCAUUGGACUCUGUGUUUCUGUCAUUCCCGAUGGAGAGCACCGGAAAGUCAAACAUUUGAGGGUAUUUUUUGUUACCGCCACCUGGAGUAUAUUCGCGUACACCUGGCUUUAUCUCAUCUUGGCUGUCAUCUCACCGGGCAUCGUACAGGUGUGGGAGGGCCUUGUCACACUGUUUUUUUUCCCGUUGUGUGUAGGGAUGGCUUACAUUGCGGAUCGCAGACUUCUUGUCUAUAAGUACAUGUACAAGCGCUACCGCGCAGGGAAGCGUAGGGGGGUGAUCAUUGAGACGGAAGGGGAGGCUCAACUUCCUUCAAAGAUGGACAUUGAAAUGGAUGGGAAAAUGCUCAACUCAGAGGGCUUCAUGGACGUAGCGAUGGGUUUUGAUGCGAAGGACCUGGAUGAGGAGGAGGCCAGGAAGGAAAUGGCCCGGAUCCUGAAGGAACUGAAGCAGAAGCAUCCAGAGAAGGAGACGGAGCAGCUGAUAGAACUCGCCAACUACCAGGUAUUGACACAACAGCAAAAGAGUCGCGCUUUCUACCGAUGCCAGGCUACCAGGAUCAUGACGGGAGCAGGGAAUGUACUGAAGAAGCAUGCAGCAGACCAAGCCAGGAAAGCUGUUGGUGCGUACGAGAUCCGCUCCGAUGUUUCGGAGAAUGACUUUUCGUCAAAGAUCUUUUUUGACCCCUGUACAUACCAGUGCUUGGAGAACUGCGGUACAGUGGCCUUGAAUGUAGUACGCCUUGGUGGGGACUUGACUAACACUGUUUCAGUGGAAUACCGUACCGAAGACGGCACAGCCAAUGCUGGCUCGGACUACCAGUUCACUGAGGGCGUUGUGGUGUUUAAACCUGGUGAGACUGAGAAGGAGAUCCGGAUAGACAUUAUUGACGAUGACAUCUUUGAGGAGGAUGAGCAUUUUCUGGUCCACCUUAGCAAUGUGAAGGUCAUAUCCGAGGGCACUGGCUACGGACAACCAAGGGCUAAUCACGUGGACACUUUGGCGGGCCUUGGCCUGCCCUGCUCAGCCACUGUGACGAUCUUUGACGAUGACCAUGCCGGGAUCUUUACUUUUGAAGAACCGGUAAUGACCGUGAGCGAGAGUAUCGGCAUGAUGGAAGUAAAGGUUCUUCGUACCUCAGGAGCGCGGGGACUAGUGGUCGUACCCUACAAGACCAUUGAGGGUACAGCAAAAGGAGGGGGAGAAGACUUUGAAGAUAUGCACGGAGCGCUGGAAUUCCAGAACGAUGAGAUCUUCAAAACUAUACAGAUCAAUAUAAUCGAUGACGAGGAAUAUGAGAAAAACAAGAACUUCUUCCUUGAGAUGGGAGAGCCUCAGCUGCUGGAGAUGAGUGAGAGGAAAGCUGUGUUGCUUCAAGAAAUUGGUGGAUUCGUGAAGACAGACAAAAGGCUUUAUGGCAGGGACGUCUACCGGAAAGUGCAGGGUAGGGAUAACCCUGUCCCCGCCACCAUUAUCAGCAUUGCAGAUGAAGGGGACGAGGAAGCUCUCUCCAAGAAGGAGGAGGAGGAACGCCGCAUCGCUGAGAUGGGCCGGCCUACCCUCGGGGAGCACGUCAAACUGGAAGUUGUCAUCGAGGAGUCGUAUGAGUUCAAGAACACAGUGGAUAAGCUGAUUAAGAAGACCAACUUGGCUCUAUUGAUUGGAACCAAUAGCUGGAGGCAGCAGUUUAUGGAAGCUAUCACAGUCAGCUCUGGCGAUGAUGAUGAGGACGAGUGCGGCGAGGAGAAGCUGCCCUCCUGCUUUGAUUACGUCAUGCACUUUCUCACCGUCUUCUGGAAGCUCCUGUUUGCCUUUGUGCCGCCCACCGACUACUGGAACGGCUGGGCCUGCUUCGUGGUCUCCAUCAGUAUGAUUGGCCUGCUCACCGCCUUCAUUGGAGACCUGGCCUCCCACUUUGGCUGUACCGUGGGCCUCAAGGACUCCGUGACCGCCGUGGUGUUUGUGGCGCUCGGGACGUCUGUGCCAGACACGUUUGCCAGCAAGGUAGCUGCAAUCCAGGACCAGUACGCCGACGCCUCCAUCGGCAACGUAACGGGCAGCAAUGCCGUCAACGUCUUCUUGGGGAUCGGCGUGGCCUGGUCCAUCGCCGCCAUCUACCACAAUUCCAAGGGAAACGACUUCCGGGUGGAUCCGGGCACCCUGGCCUUCUCCGUCACCCUAUUCACCAUCUUCGCCUUUGUCGCCGUGGCCGUGCUGAUGUACCGGCGCCGGCCUGAGAUUGGGGGCGAGCUGGGUGGGCCCCGGGGCCCCAAAAUCGCGACCACCUGUCUCUUCUUCAGCCUGUGGCUCAUGUACAUCGUAUUCUCCUCCCUGGAAGCUUAUUGCCACAUCAAGGGCUUCUAACUUCUCUAUAAAGGAUCUGAAAGCAAGAUUCAAAAAGCAAUAUUUAAAAGAUCUUUGAAAGCUUUAGCUUCUAGAGUCUUCAAAAGCUUCAGAAAGAUCUUCGGAAGCUUCUUAGUCUUUGAAAGCUUCUAUAAGGUCUUUAUAAAGCUAUUCAAAAGUAUUUGAAAGCUUCUAAAAUGAAAUUGAAAGAUUUUUAGUCUUUGAAGAAUUUAUCGCUUUCAUCCAAGACCUCUGAACUGUGUACGAUUAAAUCCAAGGUUUUUGGAGGCAUUGACGUGUCACAUCCAAGGUCUCCUAAGCCAUUGACUACCACGUCCCGUUGUCCUAAAUCUAACAUCCAUGACAUCCAAUGUUUUAGCCAUCUACUGCCACAUCCAAGACAUGUGAAGAAUCCACUACUACAACUAAGGCCUCUAAACCAACACCAGCAGGAUGGUGGCCCAAAAAAAUUCAAACGUGAAAACGGAGGGAUUCUGUUUUUGUUUUUUUUAACUAUUAAUUUAGUGUUUGUCCUCUAGCUCCUUCAAUCCUGUUGUUGCAGCUUUAUUUGAAAUUGAAGCUCUCUGUUGACUUUCAUUGGAUCAAGACUCCUAAGGCUGUGUAUCCAAAAAUGUAAUUUCAGAUGAAGCAAAAAACUUGCUUGUUUGGUUAUACAGAACUUCAAAGCUAUGCCUAAAAGCGCUGCUGGCUGGCGUCCACAAUUUCUAUUCAGUGUGCCCCCCCCCAAAAAAAAAGAAAUACACAUAUGUCAUAAUAUUCCUGUAACACAGAAACGUGAGUGGUUGUUUAAAUGCGAAGGGCAUAUGGAUGAUAAAUACAUAGUUACUGAGGUAAAUACCUAAAUAAGACUAUAACUCCUGUUAUGUCUACACAGUACAGUUGCAGUCAUGACUGCAUCUCCAAUACUACAGACACUAAAGAAACCUUUCCUUACUAGAAGAAUGGUCUUGAUAUAAAAUGUCACUAAUGCACAUGUUAUAUAUUUUUAGGAAUUCCCCAUGAAACAUUUAUCAGCGACAAUACUAUUACACUAGACAAGUCAAUAAAUUAUGAAUUAGAGGUGUGUAACGGGAUUCUUCUGUCGAAGGAGAGGACCAAAAUGCAGCGUGGUUGAAAUUCAUGUUUGUUUUUAAUAAGAAAACUAUACAUGAAUAAACUACAAAAACAACAAAUGUGUAAACCCGAAACAGUCCCAUGUGGCACAAACACUGACACAGGAGACAAUCACCCACAAAACCCAACACCAAACAGGCUACCUAAAUAUGGUUCCCAAUCAGAGACAAUGACUAACACCUGCCUCUGAUUGAGAACCAUAUCAGGCCAAACACAGAAACAGACAAACUAGACACACAACAUAGAAUGCCCACUCAGAUCACACCCUGACCAAACAAAACAUAGAAACAUACAAAGCAAACUAUGGUCAGGGUGUGACAGUGAAAUAAGCACUAUGGCUUUGUGAAAUGUAUUUACUGUAUAUCCUAUAAUGUCUUCUAUGAUCUUUCUUUUAAUUGUGUUAAACAUAUUUCAUUCAGUCGGCUUUGUCUGCUAACAGACCAUUUUUACAAUGAAGAGAUUGUGAGAAUGUUAUACAGUGGAGACAAGUGUAAAAUAUGAGAAUAUCACAGAAUAAUCCACAGAGAUGUUUUGUCAAAAGGGGAUCUGAAUUUUCACUAAAAUACAUUUAACACAAUUUACAAAUUAAAUAUCAUUGUAAAACAAAAACUAAACAGUGUAAAUUGAAAUCAAGUUUUAUCAACAGAAAAUAUAUAAUUGGAAGGAAUGAGCCUAGAUAUCUUUCAGUGAAAGCUUUUUGAAAAUGUUUUUAGGAAAAUGAAUCAACCUUUUCUAGCGUGGUUAGUUGAGUUGAAGCUCUUAUGACAAGAAUUAUAUCCUAAGACAAGGAUACAGUAUGGAUCUUCCAUAUUUGGGUGAAUAGGACUUCCAUCAUAGUAAGACGAUAAAGUCCAGAAAUUGUAUAAUAUGCCUUGGAUGGGCAACUUCCUUGGAUAGGCCUGCGGACCAAUAUAUAAAAAUAAAUAAAUAAAUUCUUAGGAGCUUCGUUGGAGUCUCAAUUUACAGUUGAGAGUUAGAAUAAUAGGAUACACAAGGUGCAAUUUUUGAAAUUUGGUUGUGCUUCAGCCUCCACCCUAUGGAAAAAUUGGUAGAAUUGCAUGAAAUUAGCUGUAAAACUGCAAAUAUUUCUCUCCGCCCCAUGGCAAAAUUAGUAGAACUGCAUUAAAUUAGUUGUAAAAUAAAAAUAUAUUCUCUCCGCCCUGUUGCAAAAUGUGUGGAAUUGCAGCAAACUUGCUUUAAAACGGCAAAAUUUCUCUACACCCCAUGGCAAAAUGUGUAGAAUUGCAGGAAAUUAACUUAAAAACUUUAAAUGUUUCUCUUCGCUGUCACGAGGGGUUCGCUAAAAUGUUUUGUUCGCAGGGGGGUGGUAUUGAUGUGGGUACGCAGACCCACGAGCUACUGCAGUCCCUCAUGAUGAGGUCCAUUGCUCACCCAUGUAGUAAGCUAUAAAAGAUCAGACAGAGACUACCAAUCCCUUUAUAUAUUUGAUGUCCCUAGCAUCUUUCAUUUGGUCUGUUAACUACUGCAGGUGACAGAGAAAACAACAAAAACUCUACAGUUGUGCUUCUUUCAUAGAAAAGUCAAGAAUUUUCUUGUGUGUCAAGUUUAGUCAUACAUUGUUGUUGAUUCCUUGUCCAGGUGUGCGGCGAUGUUCACUUUAGCGCCGUGGUGAGCAUAGUGUGCUAGUGUUGUCUAUACCUCGUGUUAUCCAUGUCUGAAUAAUCCUCAAUGUUGGAUUAUCAAUGUGCUACUUGUAAACUAUAUGCAUGAGUGUAAACAUAACUGUAUAUAAUAAGCCGGAGUUAUCAUUAACAUUAGGGGACACAUUUUGAUAAUGAGUAGUAAUGGAUUUGGGUUCAUUAAGUUUGUUUUUGUGUGUUUGCUCCUGGAACAAUGUCAUCUGAAAGACUACACUCUUUAAAGUAAUGUGAACAAAUCAUUUUCUUAUUUGUAUGAAAGGCAAUAUCUCAUACUCUUGUGUUGAUGAUAGUUAUUCGUACUGUCCAAAACCACAUUGCUCUGCUUGAGUUUGCUGAUGUCAAGUUUGAGGAAAAGACGAAGCAGUACUUUGUCUGUGUUAUCUUUUUUGUAUAUAGUGUACAGUGUUGUCAAAGUGAGGUAGUUGGCCUCAAAGUUGAAAAUAUAAGAUUCAAGCUAUUUAUUUUCCUACCCUUUGGGGACACAAGAAUAGCUAAUGUUACCUUCCAGGGGAGCUGCGUUUGAAUUGACUUUCACCCCUCUUUUCCUCUAUAGUUCUGAAUGAGUCUGGGUGGUUCUCAAGGUCCUUGAAGAGGCAUUUAUAUCCUUUCUUGCAAUGGAAGUUGUCUUGUCAUCAUUCAGGGGCCAAAACUGAUGCUACAUACCUACUACAGAGUGAAUUCAGCCAAACCUAAAAAAAGACGUAUCACUUUAUCAGUAUUGUGUGAAUGCAUGUAACUUCUUGCACAGUUUUGACUGGUUUAAACAAAACAAAAGGAAUCGAGCCCAAUUUUUUUCUCUCACAUUAAGCACAUUGAUUCACUAUUAGGACAGCUGAUGCGUAAAAAAUAGCCAUAUUAUAGCAUCUGUUUAUUUCACCUUUCUCAUUGUUCCUAUUAGUGAUGUCACACACAUUUUACUCUUCCUCAGCUUGUCACAAGCCUAGGCCCACCUCUAGACUUGUUGUUUUAUGUAUUAACAUUGGUCAUGUAUACUGUAUAGCCUGGUCCCCUUCUGUAACUGUGCUGUAUCCAACUUUCUAUUCUAUCCUUGUCAAGCUACACAUACACUAUAUAUACAUAUGGAAACCCCUUCAAAUUAGUGGAUUAAGGUAUUUCAGCAAACACCAGUUCCUGACAGGUGUAUUAAAUCGAUCAAAAAGCCAUAGACAAACAUUGGCAGUAGAAUGGCCUUACUGAAGAGCUCAGUGACUUUCAACAUGGCACCGUCAUAGAAUGCCGACUUUACAGCAAGUCAGUUAAUCAAAUUUCUGCCCUGCAAGCGCUGCCCCGCUCAAUUGUACGUGCUGUUAUUGUGAAGUGGAAACAUGUAGGUGCAACAACGGCUCAGCCGCGAAGUGGUAGGCCACACAAGCUCACAGAACGGGCCCGCUGAAAGUGCGCAGCGCGUGAAAAUCGUCUGUCCUCGGUUGCAACACUCACUACCGAGUUCCAAACUGCCUCUGGAGGCAGCGUCAAGAUCUUCAUGAAAUGGGUUUCCAUGGCCGAGCAGUCGCACACAAGCUUAAGAUCACCACGGUCAAUUUCAAGCGUCGGCUGGAGUGGUGUAAAGCUCAUCGCCAUUGGACUCUGGAGCAGUGGAAAUGCAUUCUUUGGAGUGAUGAAUCACCCUUCACCAUCUGGCAGUCUGACGGAUGAAUCUGGGUUUGGCAGAUGCCAGGAGAACACUAUCUGCCCCAAUGCAUAGUGCCGACUGUAAAGUUUGGUGGAGGAGGAAUAAUGGUCUAGGGCUGUUUUCAUGAUUCGGGCUAGGCCCCUUAGUUCCAGUGAAGGGAAAUGUUGACACUAUAGCAUACAAUGACAUUCUAGACAAUUAUGUGCUUUCCACUUUGUGACAACAGUUUGGGGAAGGAACUUUCCUGUUUCACAUGACAAUGCCCCCGUGCACAAAGCGAGGUCCAUAUAGAAAUAUUUUGUCGAGAUCAGUGUGGAAGAACUUGACUGGCAUGCACAGAGCCCUGACCUCAACCCCAUCGAACCUUUGGGAUGAAUUGAAACGCCGACUGCGAGCCAGGCCUAAUUGCCCAACAUCAGUGCCCAACCUCACUAAUGUUCUUGUGGCUGAAUGGAAGCAAGUCCCUGCAGCAAUGUUCCAACAUCUAGUGUAAAGCCUUCCUAGCAGAAUGGAGGCUGUUAUAGCAGCAAAGGGGGGACCAACUCUAUUUUAAUGCCCAUGCUUUUGGAAUGAGAUGUUCGAUGAGCAGGUGUCCACAUACCUUUGGUCAUGUAGUGUACAUCCUGUAUGACAAGGAACGAACACAGAGAGGAGUUGGCAAAAGCGUAAACAGACUGGACCACCAGGCUAGGUAAUAAGAGCACCAUAUUUCUCUCAGAAUGCUUGUUCUAGGAUUCAUUGAGUGUUUUAUUUUAUUUAUCAGGGUUUUUGUUUUAAAUGUAUUUGUUUGCUGUUCAAAUGUAUUUGAAUGUCAUGAUUUUUCUUUCAUUGUGCACGAAAAACAGGAGGGACGUACACAAUCUGUAAUGUGUACCAAGGCUGAAUUAGUUCUGUCGCAGAAAAUAAAAGUUUUGAAACCUAGCUUUA